AAUUUGGAUGAGAGAGUCAGUGAUAGAGUGCUAUAUGAUAUCCUCAUUCAGGCCGGACGAGUGGUGGACUUGUAUAUUCCUCGUGAUAAAGAAACCGAUCGACCAAAAGGUUAUGCCUUUGCAGAAUAUGAGACUGAAGAGAUUGCAGGCUAUGCAGUCAGGCUUUUCUCUGGACUUGUGACUCUCUACAAUCGGACACUCAAAUUCGCGAUAUCUGGGCAAGACAAACCAACGCAAAACUUGUCCACUGCAACUGUGUCCACAAUGAAUUCUUCUUCCAGAGGAGGGCUGCCACCUGUUCCAUUCAACAAUACAGAAGUUUCUCAACAUGCAGCCAGGUUAUCCACCUCCUGUAGGUUUUCAGCGGAACAAAUUAGUUAUGGACAAGUUCCUCCUGGUGUAGUACACCAACCUAAUGGAUAUAAAUCCCAAUUUGAUGGCAACAGUAGGAUUACGGUUGGAAGACAUUUUGGGGCAACAGAGGAUGAUUUUAGCCGAUCUAGUGUAGCUCAUGAUGGCUGGAGCAUGCUGAGAGGCAUUGCUUCUUGGUAUAAGCACUUUGAAGCACACAAGGCACUUAAGCUUCAGCACCUAUGUGGUAGUUAUGGGGUUCUUUGCAGAUGGCUGGAGCAUGCUGAGAGGCAUUGCUUCUUGGUAUAA